CCUACUGAGACCAGUGAGCAAUCACCACUUAAUAUAGCCACUACUGACACUGAGUGACCAUGACUAUCAACCUUUCAGUAGAGGGAUAGAAUGGGUCAUAUCUUCCUAAAAAUUGAAUAUUCCCCCCUCUGUGCCCAAAAUAUCCACCAGUAUUUAAAUAUUAAAAUGGCGUCGUCAAGCGUCCGAAGAUGUCUGAUGGCCAAACAAAAUAAGGUAUUUCUAUUACCUAAUUUACGGGGUAUUGCCAAGCACCUUUGCUAUAAAAGGCAGAAUCUUGCAACACUCUCUAAAGACCAAAGGGAGAGUUUAGCAAAUGGGCCAGAUCUAAAAGAUUUUCUGUCUGAAGAUGUUGACAGGGAUUUCAAUCCAUAUAAAAGAAUUAAAGGGAAAAGGUUACGGUUACCACCUUGGCUUAAAACAGAAAUUCCAAUUGGGAAGAAUUAUUACAAACUAAAAGAAUCUCUGAGAGAUCUUAAUCUAUCCACAGUAUGCGAGGAAGCAAAAUGUCCAAAUAUCGGUGAAUGCUGGGGUGGAACAGACGGUCAAACAGCAACUGCAACAAUCAUGCUCCUGGGAGACCAGUGCACCAGGGGAUGUCGUUUCUGUUCAGUGAAAACAAACAAGAAGCCACCACCACCAGAUCCAAUGGAACCUGAAAAUACAGCUACAGCAAUUUCAAAAUGGGAACUGGGUUACGUUGUUCUUACUUCUGUUGAUAGAGAUGAUUUACCAGAUGGCGGUUCCUCGCAUUUUGCUGAGACAGUGAUCAAAAUCAAAGAAAAGAACCCGUCACUGUUGGUUGAAUGUCUCACACCAGAUUUUCGGGGAAAUUUAGAUCAGGUUAAAACAAUCGUGGACUCAGGAUUAGAUGUUUACGCCCAUAAUGUGGAAACUGUGGAACGACUUCAGUUGCUUUUACGUGACCCCAGAGCCGGGUACAAACAAUCUUUAGACGUUUUACGUCAUGCAAAAGACGUGAGACCAGAUUUGGUGACAAAGAGUUCAAUCAUGUUGGGUGUUGGAGAAACUGAUGACGAGAUUCUGCAAACUCUAAAAGAUCUCAGAGAAGUUGAUGUGGAUUGUGUAACCCUCGGACAGUAUAUGCAACCUACAAGAUUACACUUGAAGGUAGUUGAAUACGUAACACCAGAGAAAUUUGAACAUUGGGAGAAAAUUGGACAAGAAUUGGGUUUCGCAUAUACUGCAAGUGGCCCGUUGGUUAGAUCUUCGUACAAGGCUGGGGAAUUCUUUUUGGCAAAUUUGGUAAAUAAACGAAAAUCUUCGAAAAAGUGAAAUAGCAGCCAGCGAUAUUUGAGGAUCAUGUCGAUGAAGGAAAACUUGUAUUAAUUAUAUUUGUAUAGGGUAUGUAAAUUCAAUAUAUAUAUUUUAUCAUUGCCGACAGUAUAAAAUUAAAAGUUCGACUUUUGCCUGCCUUCAUUCUGAAUGGAAAAUUCAGGACUCACACCAUCAAAGAUUGUGGACUAUGUGUGAUACAUCAUCAUGGCGAGUGUCCAACACAGUACCUCUAAUAACAAUGUUAACUUCAACGGUAUAUUGUAGACACUUUUACAGUUUAGUAACUGUAACUAUAUUUGCAGUGCUAUAAAAUUCAUGCUGCAUAGAUGGGAUUCAGGACAGCGGUUGUACACCAUAUCCAAAGAAAUAUCGCGACAUGCAUUGCAAUGCAUGCAUAGCCUUGUAGUAUAUGGGAACAAAUCAUGUUUACCCCGUAUUCUGUGAGGUGAAUUGUGACAAUAACUAACAAUGAAUGAAUGAAUCUUUGCACUGCUAUAAUAUUAACAAAACAAUUUAUAAAUAUACAGAAUAAAACUGACUAAAAUAAAAUUAUAAUACAUGCCAUAAUGUUUUCAGGCAACUAA